GUGUGAGAGAGAGAGUGUCUGCGCGUCAGGUGAUCCUCCGGCCAGCGGGGAGUGUGGAUGUGCGCACUAGCCUGACGGGAGAAAAUGCAAAAUGGCACGCUGGGAAUGUGACGGGAUUGUGGGCUCCCCGUCUGCUGCUGCCCCGGCUCCCGGGAUCCCUGGCUGGAGGAUGGAGCGCUAGUCUGCCUCAGUCAUCAUCCCUGUGGUAUUGUGUCAGUGCUGGGUAUCUGCAUCUGUCACUGCUGGGAGAGGGGUGCCGCUGCUCUAUUCCUUAUACGGCCUCUUUGGAUCCAUUGGAUUUUUCCCCUGCGCCUACAGGGAUUUUCCUUGGGCCGAGCCUCGGCUGCACUGAAGGAGCACUAGCUAGUGAUUUGGGGGAGCGGCACGUGUAGGUGAGCCAGAGCCAUGGGGCUGUGUUACAGUCUACGGCCGCGGCUCUUUGGUGAUCCCAGUGGCUCCAUCUCUAACGCUGCCACCACCACCUCGGACAGCGAACAACCCCCGGAAUUGUCGGUGCCGCUCCGAGCCGGGGACCUGAGACACGGGGACCUACACCGGCCGGGGGCUUCACAGACAGGGGACGUACCGGGACAGCCCCGCAGAGUGGAGCAGUGCAAGCCCGGCCGGGGAGGGGACAGCGCGGAUGGACUCGUGCUCUUACUGCAGAAUGGGGGAGGCAGUGGGGAGAGCAAACAGCAGCACAAGGCCAGCAAAGCGCCGCACCCCCAGCUUCAGCAGCACCCACCGCACCCCCAGCAGCACCCUCCUCCUCCUCCUCUGCACAAGGGAUGGGACAAGCUCCGGCUGGAGGAGAAGGAGGCAGAGAAAGAGGCCAAAAAAGUCAGCAAGACCAUAGACAGGGUGCUGAAGGAGCAGAAGAGGGAAUACAAGCAGACGCACAGGCUGCUCCUACUAGGUGCCGGAGAAUCGGGAAAAAGCACGAUUGUGAAACAGAUGCGGAUUCUUCACGUUAAUGGAUUUAAUUCAGAAGAAAAGAAACAGAAAAUUCAGGAUAUACGGAAAAAUGUUAAAGAUGCCAUUGUGACCAUAGUUUCAGCAAUGAGCACUUUAAUACCUCCGGUUCCGUUGGCCAAUCCAGAAAAUCAAUUUCGACUUGACUACAUCAAGAGUAUAGCCCCACUGUCUGACUUUGAUUAUACGCAGGAGUUUUUUGAACAUGCACAAAAGCUAUGGGAUGAUGACGGUGUGAAGGCAUGCUUUGAGAGGUCUAAUGAAUAUCAGCUUAUUGACUGCGCACAAUACUUUUUAGAGAGAAUCGACCAUGUUAGACAAAACGACUACACACCAACAGAUCAGGACUUAUUAAGAUGCAGAGUUUUGACAUCAGGGAUUUUUGAAACAAGAUUUCAAGUAGAUAAAGUAAAUUUCCACAUGUUUGAUGUAGGAGGGCAAAGAGAUGAGAGAAGAAAGUGGAUUCAAUGUUUUAAUGAUGUCACAGCUAUAAUUUUUGUAGUUGCUAGUAGCAGUUACAACAUGGUUAUACGGGAAGACAAUAACACAAAUAGACUACGAGAAGCACUGGACCUGUUUAAGAGCAUCUGGAAUAACAGGUGGUUAAGAACUAUUUCUGUCAUCUUGUUUCUUAACAAGCAGGACAUGUUGGCUGAAAAAGUCUUGGCAGGAAAAUCCAAAAUAGAAGAUUAUUUCCCAGAAUAUGUGCGCUACACUAUACCGGAUGAUGCGAUACCGGAUGCAGGAGAGGAUCCAAAAGUGACAAGAGCCAAGUUCUUCAUUCGCGAUGAGUUUUUAAGGAUAAGUACGGCAAGUGGUGAUGGAAGACAUUACUGCUACCCUCAUUUUACCUGUGCUGUGGACACUGAGAACAUUCGCAGAGUUUUCAAUGACUGUCGAGACAUCAUCCAGAGAAUGCACCUCCGCCAAUAUGAACUCUUGUAAUCUUUAUCACCGUGGAGCCUGUGGUUUUAAAUUCUUUGCUACUUUUACUGUCUCUUUGCUCUGUAUUGCUCCACACAGGGUGGAAAUCCCUCCAGUGCACAUUUUUAUUUCCUUUUGUUGAUUUUAUUUUUAGAUUUUUUUUUUUUUUUUUAAAUUUCCUCCCACACAAACCCCCUAUUGAGAGAGGACAUCUUGUGUCCUGAGAUUAUUCCUUACACAUGCCACUUUGUACCAUUCCACUAGGUCAGUGCUGCUCAACAUGUGGCUCAGAAUAGCCUUUUGCAAAUCCCUAGCAGUGUUCGCUUAGUAAGCCAAUUUUUGUAAACUCGCAUUUCCCUUUCACAUGCUGUACCCCCUCUUAGCUGAAGGCUUUUGCUUCUUGCCAUCUGACAGACAUGCUGCAUGCCUAUUCCUGCUAGCACGCAGCUCUCUCUUCCUGUGUCAGGGAUUGCAGACCGAUAAAAAUGGUGAGCAGAGUUGGUGUAAACACUCCUUAAAGCCCCCACAGGCGGCAUUACCUGCUCAUGUGAUGGACAGCAGUUAAAGGGGAACCAUCCUGAAAAUGAAGAUUCAAGUUUAUCUUCACUAUCCCUCUCUCAGCAUCUGUUUCUCUUCAUUCUGUCUUCAUGCAGGAGUUGGGUGUCGAUGAAUGAUCCAAUAUAUCUUCUAGGGGGGCUCCAGUACAAACAAAAUCUAACAAAAUAACUGCCUUUUGCACAAAUCCUGCAUGUAGAAAGACAUGAUAUCUGGUGAUUUUAAUAGAGUGAGCUUGAAUACAUCUUUUAAGCAAAAGGAGCCCCUCCUAUCAGAUACAUUGAAUCUAACUGUCAAUGAUUAUCUGACACCCAACUCAUGCAUGAAGAGGAACAGGUGCUGAGAGGUAUAGUGAAGAUAAACUUGAAGAUUUCAGAAACAGUACGAAAUUUUUAAUUGAUUGUAUUUAGAAAGUUUCUUAUUUCAGUACAAUGAAGCCUUCAUUUUAAGGCUAGUUCCCCUUUAAAAAUGAGGCUGAGAUAACGGAACACUAGUUGCUACGGAGCACUUUUUAUUCUUUUUUUUUUUUUGCAAAUGUUGGAAUGAUUUUAUGUUCCUCUUGAAUUUGAAGGUGACAAAAGACCACUUCCAGCACAAGGGGUGUCAAGCUCUCAGUCCAAAGCUUCCACAACGGUGGAAGGUGAAGGAGUUUUUAGUUUAGCCCUGGGGGUUUGCCAUCCCUAAAGAGGCUAUUCUUCAACCAUGCAGUGACACGAGAGGCAAUAUAAUAUCUUUAUUUUCUUCUUCUAAAAUAUCACAGUUUGCACCUUUAUACACAAGCUUUAGCGUCCCUCAUAACAAAAGUGCAGGGGGUGAGGUUUGCUAACAAGCCAUUGAACUACAUAGGAACGUCCUCUGUGUGGUUUACUCUAACACAUAAACUAUGAGAAGCACUGGCUUCAACUCCUAGCUGCCAAAGCUGAAUGCAUGGAAGGACCCUCUAGCAGUGAAACAGUUAACAUGUUCCUAUUAGGAAGGGGGGGCUGUAUAAACUCCCCGGAGAUAAGGAAAAAUGAGGUGGCUCUGGGCUACCUCUGUUAUAUUGAUUCUUUUGUUGGGCAGUGGUCCCUUGUAACAUGUAUCAUCCGUUAGAUGGCCAUAUGCUUAGACCUAUCUCUGUGUGGUUUUAUAUCUAGAAUUUUUAUUAGAGUAUUUUUCUUUCAAUGACACUGAAGAGUACUUGAUGGAGGGAAAACAUGAAUAAUGCACUUUGUAUCAGGUUCAUUACAAAAACAUUACAAAAAACAAACCAUACUGUUGAGGAACUAUACACACAAUGUAGCAGCAACAGAAUAUUUAUUUAUGUCACAGUUUUUUUUUUUAGCAUUGUGGAGUUGCGGGUCAGCUGGUGCAGUGACCUGAGCUCUAACGCCUAAAGCUGUAAAAGACCAGGCCCGUGAAUCAUUGCAGAGCAAUUGGGGGCCUGGGCCUUUUCCGAGACCAUUUUUGAAGAUGAAGACAUGGAACAGUACGUAGAUUAGAUAAUGAAGGGGAAGAGUAAAGAUAAGCAAUUUUUUUUUUUUUAACCUUUAUUUUUAUGGUGUUUUGUGGCUAAAUGUUUCUGCACACCUCAGGCAUUCAAACUGCAGCUGCUUUCAGCCUCUCACAACAAGGCAGAAAAAGAGAAAAAAAAAAUAAUCACCCUCACUGAUAUUAUACGUUUGUCCACAAAUGAUCUGUUUAGCCUUAGAUCAUUACUGGGCGUUAGUCCUCUAUAUUGGUUUUAUUUUUCCUGUUUCCCCCCCCCCUUUUGAUUUUAUCUGCUGGUUUAUUAUAAUGUACAGAUGUAAAAUGUAAUAUUAUUUUGUACAACUUUAUUGAAAAAAAAAAACAUAAUACUUGUAGAAGAUCUUUGUGCCUUGAUUAUGGCUGUACCUGUAAAAUGAGCUAAGAUGUAAGUAUGUUUUUUGAUUGCGCUGUACAGCUUGAUGUCAAACUUACCUGCAGCUGUGACUGCGGCUAAGACCUAUCUGUAGAAUUUAGGUUUUUUUUUUUCUGGUUUAUAUAAAAGAAGGAAAUGCUCUUUAGUACAAAAAAGACAAAAACAAACAAAAAAAAAAUAUAUAUAUAUAUACAUUAUGCAAAUUAACCACUUACCUUUAUAAAUAAGGUCCUAGAAGCGGUGAUGUCCAACUGGCGGCCCCUCCAGUAAUAUUCAACUGUCAGAAGGGCCACAGGGGGACCCAUUCUGCUGUACGGGGACCACUUGUUGCAGCAAACAUGCCUUUUUCCCCUCUAUUUUUAUGUGAAGGAGCAGAGAGUCUCAGCUUUAAACACAUUGGAAUUCAUUUUUAUGUCACAUUUGUUGCAACCUAGUGGUGUAUUAGUGGGAACAGAGUUUUUUUUUUUUUUUUUUUUAAACAAUUUUAGUUCUAGAAACCUUCAGAAAAUUCCUUGACCCCCCCCUUCUCCCGUCACAAUACCGAGUGGAGAGUAUCGGGAACGUCCCUCCAACAGAACGGAAACUUCCAGCGCCAUUAGUUAAGGCUCGUCUCCUUUUGUAACAGCAGCUGCUUUUAUUGUGCACAGCCAGUAGCACGACUUGGAAAGGACAAGGUGUAGCCCGAUCAAUUAUACGAUGACCUUUUUCAUUUCUCUUUUAAUAAAGAGACACAUUAGAAAGCUGGUUGAUUUUUAAAUAUUCUAGAUUAUGUGUGAAUAUUUUCUCAAACUUGAAUAAUUUAUGCAAAUGUUCUCUAAAGAAGUUGUGGUACAAUACUAUAUAAAUAUA